GGCCCCGGCCCGCGGCGGCCGAGGGGCCCCAGCGAGGCCGCAGCUCCGACGGGGCCCAGGCCUCCCCGCUGGCGAAGACGGGGGUGUCCUGCGCCCCACCACGCUCCGGUCACAUGACGAUGGCAGCAGGAGCAGCACCAGCAUCCCCGCUCUGCUGAAAUAGCCACUGGAGAAGGAAGGGAAGGAGAGAGUGGGGAGAAGAGGACGCAGGGAAGAAAGACAAAGGUAAAAGCAAGUGGAGCCUUGUAGCCCACCGUGCCGCUUCAUCAGCGUCAGGCUAGAAAAGUGGGGGGGGGAGACCCACCCCCUUGGGAGAGGAUUCGGAGACAAAGGAAGCUUCAUGUUCAAAGGACCAGUGGAGAGCAAAAACGAAGCAGCCAUGUCUGAGCUUGUCCCAGAGCCACGACAAAAGCCAGUCGUACCAAUGAAACCCAUGGGCAUCAACGCCAGCUUGCUGGGCUACAUCGGUAUCGACACCAUCAUCGAGCAGAUGCGCAAGAAAACCAUGAAGACGGGUUUUGACUUCAACAUCAUGGUUGUAGGUCAGAGCGGACUGGGAAAGUCAACAUUGGUAAAUACCCUCUUCAAAUCCCAGGUGAGCCGCAAAUCUUCAGGCUGGAACCGGGAGGAGAAGAUCCCCAAGACAGUGGAGAUCAAAGCCAUUGGGCAUGUCAUUGAAGAAGGUGGUGUCAAAAUGAAGCUGACAGUGAUUGACACACCAGGAUUUGGGGACCAGAUCAACAAUGAGAACUGCUGGGAACCUAUUGAGAAAUACAUCAACGAGCAAUAUGAAAAGUUUUUGAAAGAGGAGGUGAAUAUUGCAAGAAAGAAACGAAUUCCAGACACGCGUGUGCACUGCUGCCUGUACUUCAUCUCCCCUACGGGCCACUCCUUGCGGCCUUUGGACCUGGAGUUCAUGAAACAUCUCAGCAAGGUAGUGAACAUCAUCCCAGUUAUCGCUAAGGCUGACACCAUGACCUUGGAGGAGAAGACUGAAUUCAAACAAAGAGUGCGCAAGGAACUAGAAGUAAAUGGGAUCGAGUUUUAUCCCCAGAAAGAAUUUGAUGAGGACUUGGAGGAUAAAACAGAGAACGACAAAAUCAGGCAGGAAAGCAUGCCCUUUGCAGUAGUGGGCAGUGACAAGGAGUACCAAGUGAAUGGCAAAAGAGUCCUGGGCAGGAAAACACCUUGGGGAAUCAUUGAAGUGGAAAACCUCAAUCACUGUGAAUUUGCCCUACUUCGAGAUUUUGUCAUCAGGACCCACCUUCAGGACCUAAAAGAAGUGACCCACAACAUCCACUAUGAGACCUACAGGGCCAAACGGCUGAAUGACAAUGGAGGGCUGCCCCCCAUGACUGUGGAGACAGAGGAAAACCACGAAAGUAACCUGUGAAAGACCCUCCCCUCCACGGUCACCUGGUGACUCUGGAUAGACAACCCACCCCUGCUCCCCUUGACUCAACCACGGGCCUGUCUCUGAAGCAUGUGGCACAUCCUCCUUGGAGUGAGAGGAUGCAAGUGUGAGUGUGUGCGGGCGUGCAUGUGCCUCCCUGAGUGCCGGAGAGGGACAAGGGCAUCUCCCCCAUCCUUCCCAGAGUGUCCCCAUCCUUGGUUUGUUUUUUGCACAGUGGACUGUCUGUCAGCUUCCUUUCUCUUGUUUCUGUGUCUCAGCUGUGUAUCUUGCCUGGGGGAAAUAGUGUUGGGGGGAAGGAUUUCUAGGGAUAUGGAUUUUGGAGGGGGGCGGUGUGGGGCAUGCUGUGGUCCUGUUUUUAGCACUUGAAGACAUGGCAAGGAAAGACUCUGGGAGAGAUGGUGGAGUUGAUGCAUGCACAUUUCAAAGGGUGUCAGCAGAGAUUUCUCUUGGAUCUUCCAUGGGUUGGAAGGAGCUAGUUGGUCUGAGGGCAUAGUGGUCUGGCAUUUUAUCCCCUUUUCUUGCUGUGGCUUCUCAAGGGGAAAUGGCAGCUUGGAACAGGGUAGAUUAGAGAAGACUGGCGUGUUUUGUGGUUCAGAGCAAGUGACUGGUGGGAGGAGACGGAAUUAGUUCUUGGCCUGUAGCAUCUGUUUGAGAAGCAUCAAAGUAUUGGGGAAAAUGGAUAUAUUCAAAAGCAGCAAAACCCAAAGGAAAAGAACAUGUUCCUACUGCAGAGGGUGCAUUUUCCCUGCCCACAUUAAGGUCAAAGCCAUGCUUGUGUCACAGGCAUUUGACUGUGCAGAUCAAACCAAUCUGUGCUGGGGUUACCAAUGGGGGAUUGCCCCUGUUGCAAUCCCCCAUUGCAGUGGUCUGUCUCCACCAGCACUGAGCAAGUCCUGGCCAAACCCUUCCCCACAACACAGCCCCUCUGCUGUGGGAGCACAGGGAAAACAAUGCCACAGGGAGUCUCUGCUGGGACCUCCCCCAGGACAGCUCCAUUUGGCAUAGCACCUUGGGGAUCUUGGAGGAGUGCAAACAGCCAUGGAUUAAGAAGCACUGGGCCAGGGUGGGGGGCACAAGAGAUACCUCUUCUUCAUUCUCCUCAUCGAAAUGGCUGCAUUUGCUACAGCAGCCUUUCUUCUUUCCCUGUCUUUCUCUGUUCUUUACCUUUUAAGUCUCUCCUUCAUUUCUCCAAGUACUUGAAUAUUCCUCUUCUCCAGGCUGUUCCUCUCCCAAGCUCUCAUACCUUCUUAACAAUGUGCUUUUGUGUCCAGUUGAGAAGCUGUUGUUUUACCUUUCCCUGGAGGGGAUGGGGAGGGAAGGUAAGCAGAGAGUCACAGCUUUACUGAAGACUACCUGCCUGUGUCUAGCUGGUGUGUCAGCUGUUUCUGGGUGUCCCUGAGCGAGGUCAAAAGUGUCAGGGCAGUCUGGGGAGAAGGAAGGAGGAGGGAAGAAGACCAGAGAUGUCCUGAGGCUGGCAGUGUCUGCCUGUCUCUGCAUAUCAGGUGCCUGGCAGGGGCUGUUCCCUCCAGGAAUGCUGCCAGCCACACUUCAAACACACAUGUGGAAUGCCAUGGCCUGGCAUGGCAGCACUGCAAAUAAGGGGAAGUGUGGGGGGUUUGGGAUGAGGGUUGGAAAGGCUGGCACUGGAGGAAGAAAACAGCAAAUGAGCAGCAGAGGAGGACUUAAGUCAAAUUUGAUGUUCAUUGACAGAGCUGUAUGGGGGCCAGGGCUGGGAAUAGGGUUCUCCAAGCCUUAGCAAAACUGUCAGGAGCGUAUGUCCAUCUUGUGGCUUUCUCUGGUUGUCACUGCAAAGCAAAGGUUCUUUUCACUCUCACUCCCACCUGUCCACACAAAUCAGCCAUUCUCAGCACCACUAGGGUGUGAGGGCUGUAGUACCAGCACUUCCUAGUCCUUUCACUGCCCACAUUCACAGCUCCUGGUGUUCCUGUAUGCAGUGUGUGCACAUAGCCUGCACUCCCUUCCCCCUGCACCAGACCUCCUCAGCCCUGCAGGGAACAGGAGCCUUGUCCUGGUGCCAGCAGCCAUAACCAUGGACCCCUGCAGAAACCAUCCUGCCACACAACCCACCCUCCUCAGCCCAAGGACAUCAAAGAUGGGAACCUCAUCACAGACACCACCAGGGCUCUGCUUCUUCACUGCACUGAAGCACGAAGCCAUGUUCCAUCACCUUCACCCUGGGCUACAGAAUGGUAAUCUUUAUGACUUUUGGGCCCAGCCAAGGGUUGGGGCAGAGACACAGUGCUGCCCUGCUUAAAGAAAGCAAAGCAGACCCAUGCAACAGAACAGAGAGACUUUCCUUUGCCUGUAAUGUGGAUUUCAAGGACAAAGCUGUGUGGUUUGCCCUGUAGGUUUAGGAAUAUUUGUUUGUAAUAACGUGGUUUUUACACCCUGCUCUGUAAUUCCUUGUUGGAUCAUAGACUACUUCUAAAGGAUCCGUAAAAGAUUGCUGAGAAAAAUAAGCUCAGGUACUCCUCGCUGCCAUCUGCUCAUGCCAAUACCCUACCAGGAAAUCUACAAAUGUCAAAUAUACAAAAAAAAAAAAAAAAAUAUCCCACGUGGCAUGACAACGGGAGAUACAGCUGGGAAGAAGUCUCUGCGAAUGGAUAAGCUGGGAAAAGCCUGAACCGUGCAGCACCAGCUGAGUUCCAGGAUGACCACAGCAAGGCAGCUGCUCCCGAGAUAUCCGGAGUGAUACUGCAGAGGGGAAGAGUGUAAACCUGACACCAGAGAUGCCCACUCUGCGCAUUCGGAGAACUGUUCACCAGAUAAGCCGUUCGCCACAAAAAACUUUGCUAACCACGGCAAAUCCUGGACAACUUCCACGGAGGCAACCACGGCAGCGAACCGGGUUGGUUGCAGUGAGCAGAGAGAGACAGAGGAGCGAGCAGGGCUGCGCGUAGGCACUGGUGUCUGUAGUUCGCUGUGCGGCCUGGCGCAAGGCCACCCCUCGCAGCGCCCCGCCGCCACCGGCGGCCAUUAAACCAACCGAGCGC